AUGGAAGCAGGUGAGGACAGCAGGCCGCCCACACCUUCAGAACCGAUGGAGGCGGAUGGCAUGGAGAGGCAGCUGUCCUGGGCGCUGCCUGAGCUCCCGCCUGCGGUGUCUUCGCUGUACACGUGGGGCAGAUCAGACCUGGGCCAGACAGGCAGCGGCCGGGACCAGAAUAGCACAGCUCCCGAGCCAGUGCAGGCGCUGCAGGGCAAGGAUGUGGUGCACGCUGCUGGCGGCAGCUACAACAGCGCCUUUGUCACCAGGGACGGAGAGCUGUACACGACAGGCUCCAACGAUGCGAGGCAGCUGGGGGUGAAGGGGAGAGAAGUUGCUCUGGAGCCGAUCCGCGUGAGCGCACUUGAGAUGAACAACGUGCACGGCGUGGCGUGCGGGCAGGGGCACAUGCUGGCUGUUGUGGACAACGGCCACCUGGCUGCCUGGGGCAGCAACGAGUACGGGCAGCUUGGGACUGGGGAAGUGGGGGCGAGCGCAGCGCAGCCGCGCGUGCUGAAGCGCAUACGGGGGGCGCACUUUGCCAGGGUGGCGGCGGGUGCCACGCACUCGCUCGCGCUCACCUCAAGCGGCCAGGUGUACUCCUUUGGAGAGGGCAGCUUUGGAGCCCUGGGCCACGGGGACGUGAACAACAGGGCAAAGCCAACGCUGGUGCAGGCGCUGUGGCCCGAGGCAAUUGUCAGCAUUGCUGCCGGGGAGUAUUUCAGCGCGGCGGUCAGUCUGAGCGGCAGAGUAUUCACUUGGGGCCGCAACAAGUACGGCCAGCUCGGCAACGGCGAAUUUGGAAAUGCAUUUCUGCCGCAGCCUGUGCCGGGAAUUGAACAGGCUGUGCAGGUGGCAUGUGGGGACCACCAUUGCAUAGCACUGACGCGGUGGGGAGAGGUGUACACCUGGGGGCUGCACAGCAGUGGGCAGCUGGGCCAGGGGAGUAAUCUGGGCUCUGAGGCCCUCAAUGGAUGCCUGUGCAGCCCCAGCAGGGUGGACUCCCUAGCUGAUCAGUCCAUCCGUCAGGUCAGCGCGGGGGCGCGCCACAGCUUCUUCGUGAGCCCUGGGGAGCAGCUGUGGGGCGCCGGCGCCAAUGACGAGGGCCAGCUGGCGCUGCAGAGCGUGCCCAGCGUGGCCCUGCCCACACGCGUGCCUGGGCUGCCCGGCCUGCCCAUGCGAUUCGCCGUGGCGGCCGGAGACCAUUCCAUUGCCGUCCUAGAUGAGUCCAGUGGCCUGCAGAAUGGCGGCCUCCAGCGCAGGACCUCAGGGCCCUGCAGGAGCUGCAUGAUGACGCUGCAGAUGCCGCCCGACCUGCUGCACUAUGCGGAGGCCGCCACCGGGCCCUCAGCAACCAGGAGAGAGGUGCAGAUGUUGAGCCAGGCAGUGGAGGAUGUCUUCUCAUCACCAGCAGUAAUGCUGGCCACCUUUGAGGUGCAGCACUCCCUCGCAAACUCUAUCGACGGCAAUGCCGAUGCGGACGCGGCGGCGGCGGCGGCGGCCGAAACGCAGAAUCGUGGCGGCCCCGCCAGCACCGCGCAGGAUCACGGCCUGGACCUCACCUUCAUGAGCGCCCUCUACACUGCCCUCCUGAAGGUGUACAGCACAGAAUUGGUGGCCACGCUGGGCAGCGCCUGCAGCCGCCUGCUGGACGGCCUCGCGCAGCACCUGUCGGCGCCGCGGCCAAACGCCGGCGCCAGCUCGCGCGACUCACUGCUGGCUCCCCGCGCCAUCUUCGCGCUCCUGCAGAGCCCCAUCAACGCCGACGCCUCCGGCAUAGGCGGGUUUCUUCACAGACAUCCCUAA